AGAAGCCCGUAACUAAUGUAACCCGGAUGUGAUGGUAAGUCAAGCCGCUUUCUUUCAGUAGACAGUCACUCUUGGAUUCUUGUGUUAUUGUUCAUGAGAAAUCUAAACGGUGGGAGGCUAACUACACUCUGAAAGACCUUCAAGGAAGCCACGAGUUGUUGAUUUUAAGUCUGGGCCGAAGAAAGAUUUGAACAGAAAAUUGACAGUUAACAGACGAUUUGAAAUUGAGAAUGUAAACGGAAGAUACAGACAAUUAUGAGGUUUUCAUCAGCAUUUGUUGCACAGUAAGAAUACGAAAUAUGCUUGAGGUCACAAGGAAUUCGUCUUUAUAAGAUGAUUGCAUUGCUCAGUUUGUGGUCGAUUCGAAAUCAGCUCUUUCGUUAAUAAAAUUAUACCUUGUGUCUGGAACAUUCAAGUAAAUUUUACUCAAGAGGCAAGGAUGGAGAAACAAUAUUUCAGCCAGAAUUUCCGUAUGAAAAUAUUACAAACUGUGGUUGUGUUUUUCUUAACGACUACUAUACAAACUUCAAAUGGACGUUUGCAUUGGCUGACAGACAUUCAUGUCGUAAAUGGUCACUUCGAUUGGUCUUUUGACAUCGAUUGUCGACUUUCUGCGCCAGAUGAACCAGUCUCGUUUAGAAAGCUUGUUUUUGGUAAUGAGGUUGAAAUCGUACCUGAUGGUAAGAAAUACGUGAAAAUCAGUAAUCAGACGUUACGAAUUCAUAAUCUACAGACAGAAGACGCUUCGGAAUAUGUAUGCAGUGCGCUUGGCCUAGAGAAGAAGCAUAUUGCUCUCAUUAUUACUUCAAAGCCUGGACAUCACGACUUUGGAAUCACAAUAUCAGUUGUAGAAUGGGAAGUGAAGUGUCCCGGCCCACAUGUGAACAAGCGUGUCAUUAACUGCACAGCGACAGGGCGAGGAAUCGUUCAACUCUACCAUACAGAUAAUGCAGGAAGAUUUUUGGUUAUUCCUAAGACUAAAACCAAGCUGAAAGAUGUGAUUUUGAAAGGAGGACAAACUGUACAAACUCUUACAUACGACAUUUUAGAUGGAACGACAAAGGACAAUGGCGAUUAUCAGUGCCAGCUUGAAGCAUUUGCCUCUCCCCCUGUUGUCAAAUGGUCGAGGGCAGCACAUUUGGCAUUUAAAGUUGGUCCCCCGAAGAUAAAGAGUUUCCGCUCCUGGGAAAUAGUUGAAGGGAGAAAAGUGACACUCAGAUGCAAACCAGAUAUGACUGUUCCAACCGAAAAAGUUACAUUUUACGUUAAUGGUGUGUCGCUUAAGGACCGUCCGAAAUCCAAAUACAUCCCUUCCUGCCAGAAACUGGUUAUCCGAGAGGUGAAAUUUCCAGAUGAUAAUGCUGUAAUAACUUGUAAGCUUGAAAAUAAAUAUGGAUACGCAAUGAAAAAUACUACAGUUUCUGUUCUUGUAAAACCAGCACUGGAAAAAUCAGUUGAUACAGUUGUGCAACCGGAUGUGCCAGUAGAAUGCCGGAUAAAAAAGUCAAACCCUCCAGCUUCAAUUUCGUGGCAGAUGCAGCCGUAUUGCCACAUAAGCGCACAGGAAUGUCUACCCCAGCCUCGUUUAUGGAAAACUGUUGCCGGCGAACAGUUUCAGAUUAAUUCAACAACGAGGUUGUCGCAGUUGAAAGUAUCAGCCUCGUACAAAAGAGACUUCUUUUUCAGGUGCAUUGCCAGUAAUAAAGUUGGCAACGAUAGCCAUAUAAUGAAGUUCCUGUAUUUCAGAGAAGGCCCUAAGCCACUCGAAAUCUUGUCCAAGGAUUUUUCAUUCAAUGAAGACGAAAAAGUCGAUUUGACUUGCACGAGUAGGCCUGGGAUAUUUUCAAAAAUUUCCUGGUUGAAGAAUGGUGCAGCUGUUUCCAAUAUGUCCGGAAUAUCUGUAUCAAUGGAAAUGUCAUCGUCAUAUCCAUCCCAAUCGAUCCUGACUGUACACCGUGCUAUUCUAAAUGAUACUGGAAAUUAUACUUGUGUUGGGAAAGCGAUUCGAGGCAACACAAUGACGGUCUCUAGAUUCAUCCAAAUAAAGAAGACCUUUGCCCCAAUUGUUCAACUCUUAGGCCCGACAAAUCCUAAGUCCGGGUCUUCUACUGCCCUUCACUGUAAUGUCACUUCAAAUCCUGCAUCGAAGAUAUCUUGGUUUAAAGACGGCACCGAGAUCCAUGACAUUAAGCUUAUAAGUGAUGAAAGUCAAUGUGUCAGCUCGCGUAAUGGCUAUUAUUUUGAAACUGAAAAUGGCAAACGCCUUCUAUCGUGGUUGAUAAUCUGCGAAGUCAGCUUUCCUGGGAACAAUGGCACUUUUACGUGUGUCGCUCGCAACAGUCUUGGUUCAUCUCAAGCAUCGAAAGCUCUUAAUGUCCUCAUGAAACCAGCAAUUACACUGGAAAGAGAAUCAAUCGCGGUAGAAGAAGGACAGCCUGUUCAAGAGAUUUGUAUCGCAAGCGGAAAUCCCAAACCAUUGGUUUAUUGGCGGAUAAAGUCAUCUGGCAAACGGAUGGCGACCAAUGAAACGGGAUCAAGUCAUUUGAAAAUUGCAAAAGUAGCGUCUCGUGAUUUCACUGAUUAUGAGUGUUUUGCUUUGAAUUCACUUGGAAACACGACUGCCACUUUGAAAAUUGAAAAAGCAAUCGAUUUGAGGUCAGCACGAAUUUCAUCAGCCCGCUCUCCUAAUGGAAAAGAUAAGCACACCAAUUCGUACAUUUUGCUUGCAGUUGUGUUUUUGUCGACUCUAUUGAUAGUCGUUGGUGUUUUUGUCUUGCUGAGACGCAAAAAGAUUUACGGCGGAUUCUAUCUAUUUACGGCCCCGCCUAACCCUGAUCACUUGCGCAACAUUGACCCUGCACGUGCAUUGAUUGAUCAAACGAACGGACUUCCGUAUGACCCGGUCUGGGAGUUUCCAAGAAAAAGAAUCAGAUUACUGGAUCGCCUCGGUUCAGGUGCCUUUGGAGAUGUUUAUCUCGCAGAGGCCGUUGGAAUUGUAUGCUUUGAGCCAAGAGAGAGAAUCAGCUUGAAACAGAGGCCACUACUAAGCAGAAAACGAUCUCGAUCUGGAAGCACAUCAUCACGAUCUGGUAGCAGUUACCGAAGACUCGUCACAAAGGUUGCAGUUAAAAAACUUAAAGAAAACGCAUCCUCUGACGAAAUGAGGGAUUUGGUAUCUGAGUUAAAAAUUCUUAUCCACAUUGGAGAACACAGUAACAUAGUCAACCUCUUGGGAGCUUGUACCAAAGGCGUGGAAAAGGAUUUGAUGGUUAUUUUGGAAUAUGCUCCGCAUGGGAACCUCCUUUCGUUCUUAAAAAGUAGGCGUCCGAUUUUGAAAACAACUUGGAAGAAGGAAACAGUUGGAAUGGAAAACGAAUUGACGACGUGCGAUCUGGCCGUGAUUGCCUACCAAGUUGGAAAAGGAAUGGAGUUCCUUUCUUCAAGAAGAUGUGUUCAUAGAGAUCUGGCUGCUCGUAAUGUGCUAGUUGGCGAAGGAUAUGUGAUGAAAAUCGCUGAUUUUGGUCUCGCUAGAGACAUAUACAAGGACGAUCGAUACGUAAAACUCUCAGCUGGACUGCUACCUAUCAAAUGGAUGGCCAUCGAAGCAAUACGAGAAAGGAUUUUUACCCAUCAAUCGGAUGUCUGGUCUUAUGGAAUUUUGUUAUGGGAGAUAAUGACGAUGGGUGGUUCACCAUAUCCUGGCCUACCGGUGCGCAAUCUUCUUGACUACCUCGUAACCGGGUAUCGAAUGGAGCAGCCUAUAUAUUGUCCGGAUGAUAUAUACGGACUAAUGGCUGAUUGUUGGAUCGAGAAUCAAGACGACCGCCCCACGUUCACGGAAAUAGUUGGAAGAAUGGCGAGGAUCAUUGCAGCACGUCUUUCACCGGAGGUAAUGUAGUAGAGCCCUGAAGUGAUAAGUUCACAAAAAUAUUUUUAGAAUUUUCUAAAUUGGAUUGGACCAUGACCCAUGAAAGACCUCUUAGUUUUGUGAAAUCAGUUUAAUAUAACUAGGAAUUUAAUAAGCUAGUAUAUAAAUCAGUUUAAUGUAUGAAAAAUUGACUGAGAUAUGGCCACACGAGCAUAGCCUCUUUCCACACAGUCGGUGUGAUUUGGUCUCGGUCAUUAACUAAAACCUGCUAUACAGGUUGACGUAAGAUAAAAUGUGGAUGAAAUCCCAGUUAUAGACAAGACAUUAAAUUUCUAAAUUUGACUGCGAUAUAGCAAGUUAAAAAACAAGGUAAAUUAACAGUAGUCCACCAGCAAAACUCGUUUAGUUUCAGUUGCGUUAAUUUGCAAAAGGUUUAACGCGCUUGCACUUGUAGAGUUGAUUCAUUUUUUCCAAAUUAUUUUAACCAAA